UACAAGUUAACCUAUAUUGUUCAUAAUGAAAUUUAAAUGUAAAAUGAAUGAUGCUGGAUCAAUGAGAGAUUUUACGAAUGUUGCAAAUACUGUCGCACGAAUGUCCAAGCAGUGUGUUCUUCGAUUAACUCAAAAUUCCAUUUAUUUUAAUAUUGCUGAUGAUUCUAUGGCAAUGGUUUGGACCAAAUUAGAUAAAAAUCACUUUUUUGUAGACUACUUGGUUGCUGGAAAGUCAGUAGAAUUUAAUGAAAUUUAUAUGGAACUGAAUACAGGAAUGCUUGCAAAGAGUGUAACUUCAUUAAAAACAGUUGCAAGAAGUGUCAAAAUAAAGUUAACUAAUAAACAACAACCUUGUCUUACAUUUGAUAUUGAACUGUCUUCCAUUAGUGCUGAAUCUCGAUUGUGUAUUCAUGAUGUGCCUGUAACUAUUAUUCCACAAAAAAAAUGGAGUGAAUAUAAUGAACCAAAUAUUGAACGAUAUGAUAUAUCAUUAGAAAUGCCUCAAUUUAAGCAUUUAAGAAGUGUGAUGGAAAGAAUAAAAAGUAUGAGUCCAAUUCUUAUAUUGUCAGCUGAUACAAAUGGUGUACUUGCAUUUAAAGUUGAUACAAAUGCUGCUACAAUUACUGUACAUUUUCCUAAUCUUACAGUACUUGAUUGUACUUCAAAUAAUGAAAUAUCAGCAAGUGUAGAUAUUAAAAAAUUUCAUGCUUUCCUAGCAUGGGAAGCUGUACAUCCUACUGCAAUAAAAUGCAACAUUCUUAAUGAAACAGUAAUUAAUAUAAAUUUAAAUUUAGAAAACUAUUUACAAAUAAAGUACUAUAUUCCUGCAAUAGAAUCUUAGUUAAUCUUGAAGUAUUAUUUAUUAUAAUUUAGUAUAUU